AUGGCAAAACCAGUCACUAAAAGCACAGCAUAUGAAAAUGCUGUUUCACAGUUGAAUACUCUGCAGAGUAACGCGCGUACAAUUCAACAGGUGCGCAAGAAUCGUGAAUUCUUUCAAUCGAUUAAUUUAGCUGAAACGAUGAUAUUUCUGAAGCGAUGUAAUAUUGAGUUAGAUGACAUCGAUAAAUUGAAUGUGAUUCAUAUUAGCGGUACCAAAGGAAAAGGAUCAACGUGUGCGUUCAUCGAGUCAAUUUUAAGACAGUUUGGUUAUAAAACUGGAUUUUACAGUUCACCGCAUUUAGUGCAUGUGCGCGAGCGCAUUCGGAUCAAUGGUCGUCCGUUAAGUGAAACUGCGUUUACGAAGUAUUUUUUUACUGUUUACGAUCGACUUCAGAAAGGGUUGAUGAAUUUCAAGGCAGUUGAUGACGGCGCGAUGCCAACUUAUUUCAAAUUCCUUACGUUGAUGGCAUUCCACGUUUUUAUUGAAGAGAAAGUUGACGUUGCUAUCAUCGAGGUGGGCAUUGGCGGUGAACAUGAUUGCACUAAUGUGAUCAGAAAUCCAGUGGUUUGUGGUGUAACAACGCUCGAUUUCGAUCACGUAUCGUUGCUGGGUUCGACACUCGAAGAGAUCGCAUGGCAAAAGGCUGGCAUUUUUAAGAAAGGCUCAGUGGCGGUUGUGGCUGAUCAAACACCACAGACGAUGAAUGUUAUGAUGUCUCGUGCAAUCGAGCGAAAGUGUCAGUUGAGAAGAGCGCCCAAGUUCGAUGCAUACAAUUGGCCAUGUGAGCAACUCGAAAUUGGUAUUCCCGGCCAACAUCAAUACUGGAAUAUUACACUAGCCAUGCAGUUGGCCAAACUUUGGCUUCAAACGAUGAAUCACAAAUGCGACGCCUUACUGGAUAAUGGAUCAAAAUUGGCGUAUGUGCAGCAAGGUAGUACCUUACCUGGUUUUGUGGUGCCAGAGCAGUUUAUUGAUGGUAUUCGGCUAUGCAAGUGGCCUGGACGAAGCCAAAUGCUGAGGAUAAGCGAUUCAUUAAUAUACUUCCUUGACGGAGCUCAUACACCUAAGAGUUUAGAGUGUUGUGCUACAUGGUAUAAGUGGGAUCGUCAGCGAGUGAAUCAAGAUCCCUUUGCUAAGCCAUUACGAAUUUUAUUAUUUCACUGUACAGGUGAUCGAAAACCAGAGUCAUUGCUGCCUCAUUUAGUGGAUUGCAAUUUCGAUAUUGCCUUAUUCUGUCCAACUCGUCUGCGCUCUACUCUCGAUAUCAGCUCGGAUCAUUCUAAUUUCAAUCAGGAUCAAAAAGAGCAAUAUUUACGUAGUGAAGAGAAUAUGAUCAUGUGGAAGAAACUCAAUGAUGAAAGUGCACAUGCGGAACAUUUUGAUUGUAUCGAAAAGGCGAUUCGACGAAUCGAUUCACUUCACAAUGAAAAACAGCGCAACAUUGAAGUAUUGGUAACGGGUAGUUUGCAUCUAGUUGGCGGCGUUCUUUCAUUCAUUGAACCUCAUUCGUGA